GAAACAACUAGAAAAUCCACUUUUGACUUUGUUCUUCCUUUUUCCCUCUUUAUACAAAAAAAAAAAAAAGAAAAAAAACAAAAACAAAGCAGAAACUUUUCUACAUUAUUCUUCGAAACUCCUAGACAUUUUACACAAAAUGAAUUCACUUUCUCCGGCGAUCGGAACGAGCACGAUCCGACCAUCAACAAAUUUUUACGGCGACCAUGAGCUACUACUCAUCAGCUCCGUUAAGUUAAUAAAGUUGUCUCCGCCGUUAACUUGCCGGAAAAUGAGAAUGAGAGUUGUAGCACAAGCAAAAAGCGCCGUUGUUGUAUCUAACAAUAUUGAUUUCAGCGAUCCGGAAUGGAAAGUGAAGUAUCAAAGAGAAUUCGAAGCUCGUUUUAAUAUUCCUCAUAUUACUGAUGUUUUCCCCGAUGCAGUUUCGUAUCCUUCCACUUUCUGUCUCAAAAUGAGGACUCCAGUCACUGAGGAUUUUGCACAAGGUUAUCCCUCAGAUGAAGAAUGGCAUGGAUACAUCAAUAACAAUGAUAGAGUACUUCUUAAAACUAUUAAUUAUUCCUCUCCAACUUCUGCUGGCGCUGAGUGCAUUGAUCCUGAUUGUACAUGGGUAGAGCAAUGGGUUCAUCGUGCUGGUCCUCGAGAGAAAACAUAUUUCAAACCAGAGGAGGUGAAAGCAGCUAUUGUAACCUGUGGUGGGCUAUGCCCAGGUCUUAAUGAUGUUAUUCGACAGAUAGUUAUCACCCUUGAGAUAUACGGUGUGAAGCAAAUUGUGGGGAUUCCAUUUGGAUACCGUGGGUUUUUAAACGAAGAAUUGACUGAAAUGCCAUUAUCCAGGAAAGUGGUACAAAAUAUUCAUCUAUCUGGUGGAAGCUUGUUAGGUGUAUCACGUGGAGGACCUAAAGUUUCUGACAUCGUGGAUAGCAUCCGGGAAAGAAGAAUAAACAUGCUCUUUGUGCUAGGCGGAAAUGGUACACACGCUGGUGCAAACGCAAUUCAUGAUGAGUGUCGUAGAAGACGUAUGCAGGUAGCUGUAGUUGGUGUGCCAAAAACUAUAGACAAUGAUAUUAUGCUUAUGGACAAAACAUUUGGUUUUGAUACUGCUGUUGAAGAAGCACAGAGAGCCAUUAAUUCUGCUUAUAUUGAGGCACAUAGUGCAUAUCAUGGUAUCGGAAUUGUGAAGUUGAUGGGUCGUAGCAGUGGGUUUAUAGCUAUGCACGCAUCGCUAGCUAGUGGACAGAUAGACAUAUGCUUGAUUCCAGAGGUGCCUUUUAAUCUGCAUGGGCCUCAUGGCGUGUUGCAGCAUCUAAAAUAUCUGCUUGAGACAAAGGGAUCAGCCGUGGUUUGUGUAGCAGAGGGUGCUGGGCAGGAUUUCCUAGAGAAAACCAAUGCAAAGGAUGCAUCUGGAAAUGCUGUACUUGGAGAUAUUGGUGUUCACAUACAACAACAGAUCAAGAAGUACUUCAAGGAGUUUGGGGUUACAACUGAUGUAAAAUACAUCGAUCCUACAUACAUGAUCCGUGCAUGCCGUGCAAAUGCAUCAGAUGGAAUUCUCUGCACUGUACUAGGUCAAAAUGCUGUUCAUGGUGCGUUUGCUGGAUUCAGUGGCAUCACAGUGGGUAUAUGCAAUACUCACUAUGUGUACUUCCCAAUUCCAGAAGUCAUUGCUCAGUCCAAGGUUGUGGACCCUAACAGCCGCAUGUGGCAUCGUUGCUUGACAUCCACAGGCCAACCAGACUUUCUUUAAAUUGGACGCGCGGCUCAAUUUUUUCGGGUGAAACUGUACAUUUGUUUUAAAGUAUAGCAGAGGAGCAGGGAGCCAGAUUGAGCAAAUCACGGCAUUGCCCUAUUCCCGGCUGUUAAAAGAAUAACACGAGAGCAUGGGACGACUCAAUUUUUUGUAAGGUACACAACUUUAGAAUACCCGUUCAGAAGGGUAUGUGUAAAAUUAUGUUUCUCGGAUCAUCCAAAAUGGUUACCACACUCAUGUCAAAUCCUCCAAGAAUGCAUAGCUUUUGGAGGGUCUGACAUAACAUAGAUGUAGAAGAAAACUAUCUUAGAGAUCCAAGUUAGCAUUUUCACUUUGUUCCUUCACAACGCGAUAAAACAUUCUUCUGAUUGAAGAAAUUCAUCCUUCAGGAUCAUUUGAUGAAAAAAUAAAUGAAUGUUUCAUCGAUGUA